GUCGUGACGUCCUGGGUGUCGCGACGUGGUGGGUAUCACGGUGCCGUGGGUGGGUAUCACGAUGCGCUGGCUAUCGUGAGAUAGCGAGUAUUGUGAUGGCAGGAGGUAUUGCAGCACCAUGGUGGGGUAUUGUGACACGGUGCUGGCGCUGGCGCUGGUGACGGUGUCGACGGUGCCGCUGCUGCAGGCGUUGGGGCGGCGGCUGCUCUCCAUGGCCUCGGGCCCCCGCGACCCCGGUGACCCCGGUGACCCCGAUGUCCCCUACGUCCCUGGCAGCCUCUCAGCCGCCUUCGUCACCUGCCCCAACGAGACGGUGGCCAAGGAGCUGGGCAGGGCGAUGGUGGAGAAGCGACUGGCCGCCUGCGUCAACAUCCUGCCCCACGUCACCUCCAUCUACACGUGGAAGGGGAAGGUGGAGGAGGACAGCGAGGUGCUGAUGAUGAUCAAGACCCGCAGCUCCAAGAUCCCAGCGCUGGCCGAGUUCGUGCGGUCCGCCCACCCGUACGAGGUGCCCGAGCUGGUGGCGCUGCCGGUGGCGCAGGGGAACCCCCCGUACCUGCGGUGGGUGGGGGACAGCGUGCCCCCCUGAGCGCCCCAAAACCGGGGGGACAUGGGGGGCACCCCAAAACCG